GCUUGGCACUGUUGCCUGCCUGCAGCAUGGCGCGAGCACACCAGCGUAGGUGGCAUCUUUGUGUAAGGAGGCCCGGCGGAUGCCAGCAAGGACUCCAAAGAACUGGAGGUUUGUUCGUUGGAAAAGCAGGGCACCAGAGCCCGUUGUGGCCAAACCUCUGCGCAGCUAUGUAUCAGAAUUCCUUGCACGUGGGACGCGGAUCGAACAGCGGUCCGAGCGAAGAACGGCAGGAGAGCAGCCUCCGAGCAGAUCGGCUCGCAGUGAUGUCCAGCACAGGCAUAAGGAUGCGAGCCUCAACUGGAGGGCAGCUGGAGCAAGCACUAUUUCUGCCUUGGUGGCGUGCCGGGAUGCAGCGCAGUGGAUGGAAGCUUUGCAAAUCUGCUUGGAUUUGGCCCAAGGCGCCCAAGCCCAAGGUGAGAAGGGCCUGUGGGAGAUGCCAAAUGCCCUUGGGCUGCUGUUGCUGGCCGCCUUUGAGCGUGGCUCACAGUGGCGUUGGGCACUGCUGUUUGCUGAAGGAAGCGAGAAGGCAGCAUGUACUGCUAUGAGCGCAUGUGUGCAUGGCUCCCAGUGGUCGCGUGCACUGCUGCUGCUUCAGAAGGUCCGACAAGGUCCUAUGGCACCAGAUGCAGUGACCCUUACCACAGCUAUGUCCGCUUGUGGACGUGGGCGGCACUGGCGCGGCGCCUUGCACAUUUUGGAGGAAAUACGACGUGGCAGCUGCGCUGAUGCCGUGGCGUUGAACACCGCCCUUGGUGCCUUAGCUGCGGCCCAGCGCUGGCAACUCGCUGCCCAGCUGUUUGCGAAUGAGAAGGUCCCGCAGCAGGGAGCUUUCCACGCCCUGCUGAGUGCAAUGGAAACGUCCGCUCUGUGGUGGCGAGCGCUCUCACUCUUCCAUGAGGCCACGAAAGCAGUGUCCUUUCCGUCCUUGGUGGCGCUGAACAGCGUGUGCAGCGCUUGUGAGAAGGCCAGUGAGUGGGAAAUGGCCUUGGCUCUCUUGAGAGGUCCGGAGCAUGAUGCCAUCAGCUGCAGCGCUGUGAGCUUGGCCUGCAGCCAGGCCUCGCGCUGGUCCUAUGCUCUCUGCCUGUCAGCACCUGAUGAUUUGCCCAGUCGCAGCAAGCUGGUGAGGAAGGCGGCGGACUCUGGUGCUUCAAUUUUUGUGCCAUUACAACAGAAUCUUCUCAUGACUGCAAGUCUGGCUGUUCUCAGCUCAUCAAUGGGAGCUCCUGCGGAGGAGUGCUU